AUGCCAAGGGCAAACAGACCUGCACCUCCACAAAGAAAUAAUGCAAACCAACAAAUGGCGGGUAACGUUGAAGUGGCCAUGAGGAGACCACGGGAUGAAAAUGUACCGCCGCCUCCUCCUGCUGCUCAGCCUCCACAAAUACGGCAGAGAACUGAAGAGGGGCCCAACUGGACGAUGAACAGUGAAGUUGAAGAUGUGUUGCUGGAAGAUUAUGCGGUUCUGCGUAAAAUGACGGUGAACGACUUUAUUCAGGAGUUCGUUGGCGGGACUUUUGCGGUGGCUGAAGCAGAAAAUGUUAGGAUGCCCAUUUUUGUUAAGAAUCCCAGAAGAUAUAUUGCUGAUGCUGAGAUUCUUGAGGAUAUACAAGGCACUGAUGAGUUUGAGGAAUAUAAAGAAUUAUAUAACCAAUUCUCUGAAAUGAAUGGGAAAGCAAGGUAUCUUGAUGAAAAAGAAAUUUACUACCUCAGGCAGUGGGAGGAGAAGGGAAGAGGGGAAAUAAGAGAAUUUGUUGGUCCCAUGGCGAGGGGAAGGUUGGAUGCUGCGGUGACGGCCGCCAAGAGAGCGGAAAAGCGAGCUGCUCAAACAGCUGGUGGUGCUGUAAACCUUGAAGGAGUGUAUGAUUCCAUUUGCAAUGCGACGUGGAGUUAUGUGGUGUCGGGUUAUGAUGAAGAGCCACUUGGCAUGAAGGUAUUCGGUGGAAGACCGCGGCGCAUAUGGACCGAAGAAGAGGUGGAUGUAACUCCUGAACCUGCGAAUGUUGAUUCGGAAAUGGAGGAAAGACCCAAUGGUUUGGAAAUUAUUGUUCUUACAUCGGAGAGAGGUUGGCCACACAACAGGUUUGUAUUGGGUUACAGUGAGAAGUGCAAGGCAGUUUCCCAGCAUGUAUAUAUCCGUCGCGAAAUCAUGCGUGUGUGGUAUAUAAUCCAACAAGUGCUGAAAGCAUGGUGGGUGGACAGGUCAGUUGUGAGGCCACCGAUACAUGUUGUUAUUGGUACUCACGGUAUUGGAAAAUCGUGUGGCCUUGGAUCAUUUUUAUUUUAUUCACUGUUUCACUUCAAUGAAGGAAUGCUUGAUGUUGUUGCAUAUUUCUUGGGAGAAGUUUCCUUCCUGAUAUACAACAGAAAGGAUGAUGAAAGAGGGAGGGUUGUGCGGUACGAAGACUCGGGAGUUGCUGUCCGGAUAAUAAAUAAUAUGAAAUAUGAAAAAAGAGGGCACAUCAUUAUAGACAUAAGUGGGAUGAUGCAAAAAUUAUUAUACACUCAACUGCCCUCUGAUAUUUGGGGUGUUACUCUCCUCACCUCCCCGAAUAGUGGCCAUUUUGAUGAGUGGACUACAAAUACUGGAGGCCGCCAAAUUAUUAUGAACUGCGAUGAUGUGUGUGACAUCAAGGCAUUUAUGGCAUGGAAAAAACUGUCAAUACAUGCAAGGGAAAAGGUAUUCAACAAAAGAAGAUACGAAUUGAGGAAGGAAAUGGAAGAUGAGUGGAGAAUAGUGGAGGGACGUAUUAAUUCAAUUGGGCCUCUGCCUCGUUAUAUAUUUGGUUUAGGCUGUUAUGAAUGGCGCCUGAAAAGUGUGCAUGAUGCGUUGGAAACUAUGAAGAAGUCGGGUGAAUAUUCCUAUAGUGAUAUUAUUGGAGAUAUUGGUGUCUGGCAAAACAAUGAAGUUACGGACAAGUUGGUAAAGGUUAUAAGAGUGAAUGGAAAUGCUGGAGUUAUCGAAUCGUACAGUUGCCAAGCUCUAUCGGUGAUGAUUAGAAAUAUGAUGAUGAAUUAA